UCAUUUUCCACCUAUCACACAUUCAAUAUAUUUGAAAUGCUAAAAUAUUAUUCGAUAUUUCUUAUUUCCCUAGUUGCAAUUAUAGAAAGUCUUCCAUAUGAUCCAUUUCCAUAUGGAUUAGAUGAUCGUCCAGAUCCUUUUUCGAGUAAUGCUGGAUUAACACACCAUGAACACUCUCAAAAACGGAGUCAUCGCCACCGUCAUCUUCCACACGAUUACGGUGAGCACAAUGCGUGGGGAUUCGAGAAGCAGGCAGAAGGCGAGGAAAAACGAGAAGAGCCGAAAGAAACAAGUCAGCAACAAAUGGAACGAAUCGCCUCACAACCGAGAACUGCUCCGAGACUGCCAACGAGUACAGUGGAUCCGGCGGAAGAUCUGAAAUCGGCGAUUCGGGAUGCUCAACUGGGAAUCACUACGACAGAUUUGCCACCAGAUUCAAGGCAUAAUGGUUUAUUGAAGGAUAUUGGGUCAAUUGGAGUCGGAUUCGGUGUCGGCGUUGGUGUUCCUGGCAACGACCCGGUCUCAGUUGGAACUGGAGUAUCUGUAGGCCUUGACGGAUCGGGUCCAGCAGGUGGACUACCUCCAUUCGCUGAAGCAAUCUUUCCGAGACAGGGAGAACAACAAUCAUUGAACGACUACGAUGGGAAUAAGGAUUUGAUUGUGUCUGGAAAAGCGAUGAAGUAUAUACAGGCGGUUAAUCUCGGCUUCAUCCCUCUUCCAAAGUACGCUCCACCAAAAUCACUCGUCGGUGUCAACAGUGGAAUCGGAAUUCUCGGAGCACAAGCACCAACUGGAGGCUAGAACUUUCUAAUUUCUAAUAAUUUAUAUGUUUCGCCACCCACUUUUCCUGUUCAAACCCCUAAAUGAAUGUACAUACAAAUUGGAUUGCGAGAGCAUGUCCGGACGCAAAUCAAAAUGUCCUGAUAAAGACUAUAAAGGUGAUAAGCAGUGGG